CGCAGAGAUUGACCGCCACCCUCAUUUUCCUACCCCUGGUUUUUCGGUGUUGUUUUCCCUGACCAACCACAGCAGACGUAUCAUCGCUUGCGCUAUCCUCAUCAGCCUGCUUUUCCUGCAGCCCGAGAAAAGCCAUCGAGCUGAACCAAGGCAACGCCUCCAACAAUCAUGGCUACUUCCCCUAUAGAACGUCGCACUGGCGUCAAGAGGCCUCGUAUGUUAUUUCCUCAAUUCCCUGGAUCCUGCUUGCAUUCCACCGGGCCCUUUCCCCCCUGCCCUCCCAAACAUCUUUCCUGAGUCCUGCUCUCUGCGGGUUGUACGAUCUCAAUUGCAGUUACUGGUACCUGAACCGGCAAUAGCGGGCCUUGUCUAUGCAGGACCAU